UUCUAUAGAGGGUAUGCACGUGACGUCACGGUACCCGGAAGUCGCUGCGGUUACGUCCACUGAGUGGCAAAAAGACGAGUGGCAAGUAGAGCGCCGUAACGUUUAACAGCGUCAACACUGCCAGAAUCAUAUAAGAAAAAGAAGAAGAGCCGGCAAGAUUUUAUAUUCAACAUGGGGAAGAGCUGCUGUGCUAUCGACUGCACUAAUAGAUUUGCAAAGGGGUCGGAGCAAAGUUUCUAUAGGCUACCGAAAGCAGCAGAAAAGAGACGGCGAUGGAUCACUGCGAUCCGGAGAGACAGCUGGUAUCCAGGCACCGAGACCUGGAUCUGCGGUUCACAUUUUGUGUCAGGAAAAAAGAGUGAUGAUCCUCUACACCCUGACUAUGUGCCGAGUUUAUUCAGCUUCACCUCUACUGCUGAUCGGACUCGGGCUGUCAACCACCUGGAGAGAUAUGUGCGAACUCAAAACGUUUCUGGCAAAAGACAUGAUGGGCUAACUGCAACAGACAGAAGUACUGCGUCAGAGCAAGAAUUACAGGUACAAACUGAAACUGGAGUCCAAGGCACUGAGGUCCAGACAGAGGAGACACACAAUGACAUUGCCUCAUUAUAUAAACAAAUUGAAUCUUUAAACAUCGAAUGUCAAUCACUGAGAGAUAAAAUUCAUGGACUAGAAAGUGAGUUGAAGCAUCGUACCCUUGACCCUUCACAAUUUGAUGACAGCAAAAUGAAAUUUUUCACAGGACUUCCCAAUUUACAGACUUUCAUGUUAUUGUUUAGCUUUGUGUUGUCAGUUUUUCCUGCUACUCCAAAGCAGUCCCUCAAGCCUGCUCAGGAACUACUUCUUACACUGAUGAAGCUGCGCCUCAAUCUGUCAGAGGAAUUUUUAGGUUACCUCUUUGGGAUUCACCAGUCAACAGUAUCCAGAGUCUUUCACCGUUGGAUACAUGUUAUGGCAAGCAGGCUUCAUCCUCUGAUAUUGUGGCCAGAAAGAGAAGACCUUAGACGCAGCUUACCAAUGUGUUUUCGUACAUUUUUUAAGAACUGUGUAAGCAUAAUCGACUGCUUUGAAGUGUUCAUAGAGCGUCCUUCUGACUUAAAAGCUCGAGCUCAAACUUGGAGCAACUACAAACAACACAACACUAUAAAAUUUCUCAUUUCAAUCACCCCACAAGGAAGCAUCUCUUUCAUGUCCAAGGCCUGGGGUGGACGUGUUACAGACAAACACCUGACAGAACACAGUGGGUUCCUUGACAAGCUCCUACCAGGGGACUUGGUACUGGCUGACCGAGGUUUCACAAUUGAGGAUAGUGUUGGCCUAUUUUGCGCAGAAUUAAUAACGCCUCCAUUCACACGAGGGAAGAAACAGCUUAGCCGAAAAGAAAUUGAAUCGGCUCGUGAAAUUUCUCGUGUGAGAAUCCACGUCGAAAGAGUGAUUGGAAUGUUGAGGCAGAAAUACACAAUUCUGGGCUCAACGCUGCCUGUAAGUCUCAUUAGAGUGGAGCAAAAUGGCAAAGUGGAGGACAGCCUUAUAGAUAAGAUUGUGUUAACAUGCUGUGCUUUAUGCAAUAUGUGUGAGUCCAUAGUGCCUUCAGAUUGAGGUGAACAUUAGUUCAAACCUUUUGUCUUAAUAGUUGGUAUCAAUAUGUAUUGGAUGAUAAGUGUAAAUAUUAAUUUUAAAACUUUUGCGUGAUUUUCAUUGAUAAGCCCGUAAAGGGUUACAUUUUGUAAAUAUUUACUCUGUGAUGUAUCUGUUAUGUAUUUACUCUAAGUUAUUUCACAGUAACAUAUGAAGUACGUUUAUAUUCAUGUUUAUGUGUUAUCAUAUUUAGUAUGUAUAUAUGUUAUUGUUUAGUAUACCUAUAUACUUUUAUACUGUUAUUGUUUUGUAUACCUAUAAAAGGAGAAUAGGCUUUUAAAGUUUAUUAUUUAUUUAUUGAAAAUAAUUGUAAUAGUUUUGACACAACUGUCAGGUCAGUCUAGAUAUGCUAAUAUGUCACUUUCCAACCUUAGACAUGUAAACAGUGUGUGGAAAUAACCCCAGACUUACAGUCUAAAUAGUUACAUUUUAUAUACAAUGAUAGGACUAAUAAGAAAAAGAUUACGCCAAAAAUGCUGUAAAAACUUUGGUUUUGAAUAAUAAUGUAACAUAUUUACAAAUGUGAAAUGUGUCACCAACUGCUCCUUUGAAUGGGAGGCGGAAACAGUUCACAAGCAUCAGUCAGUAAUUUGGGGCUUUUCAAAAUGUUCAGUAGUUCCCCCAUCAUAAAAUAACUUUAUAUAUCAUCUUUUCUCUGUAGGCAAAGUGUCACUUACGUAUAAAUAUGUACAAGUUAAGUGCAAGCUGUAACAUCAUCCCUAAGGUGAAGGGCUUAACACAAUAACAGUCCUACAGAUGAGAUGUUGCACCAGGAUUCAGUACUGCAUUUUUGGUGAACCAUUUUCCCAAUAAUUCUGGCAGCACUCCAUACUUGAAAAACGUUGUGGCCUUCAUAACAUGUCUUUCAAAAUUUACAUCUGGGGUUAUUCUUUCAAUAUACAAUUCUGAAGGCGUCCACACACAAAAGUCACAGUACAGAGAUUUUGUGACAUGAAUCUGGCACUGCACUUGAAAGUAGUAGUUGUGCUGUCUGUUAAGUGUCAGCGUCACAUCUGAGGAUGAAGAUGUGACCAAGGGAAAGUCUUUUUCUUUUGACAGUUCAAGCAGUGUCUUGUCUUUUGCCAAGUAGGGACAUUUGAUUUCCAGGCAGCCUGAGCCACAACAGUCACAAGACACCUUCCCAUCCGGGGAAGCGCCUAGGUGAGGGUAAUGUGAGGAAAUAUUGAGUCCAGUGGUGGUCACAUCAAAAUUGACAUGUCUUGAUGACAUGGUUUCAGUGUAUUUCUCCUUUGCCUUGUUUUCCUGAUGAAUGCCCCACCUGAAAAUAUUUGAGGAAAACAUGUUACUUUUAAAUUAGGGCAUACAUAUACCAUGUCCACAAUUACUUUUCAUCAGGUUUUGUAAGAGAUUUUAUCAUUCACUAGUUCUAUCCUUCUGAGAAGAGAACAACUUUGAAAUUUCAUAAAUUUACUAUGUUGUUAAAGCAAUAAAUAAUACCUUGUUGCUGCA